AUGCUUCGCUGCGGCCUCCGGCCCGACCACUACACCUUCCCCUUCGUCCUCCUCGCCGCCGCCAACCUCCAGUCCUUGUACCACGGCCUCGCUGCCCACGCCUCCAUCUUCAAGCUCGCCCUUCACGACGUCGACCACGUCCAGCACUCUCUGCUCACCAUGUACGCGCGGUGCGGCCAGGUGGGCCUCGCUCGCAAGCUGUUCGAUGAAAUCGUCGUGAGAGAUUCGGUCUCCUGGAAUUUGAUGCUUUCAGGGUACGCGAAGAUGGGUUGCGCCGGGGAGGCGGUGGAGCUGUUCCGGAGGAUGCGAUCAGAAGGACUGGUCGAGCCGGACGAGGUCACUCUGGUGAGUGUCUUGGCGGCGUGCGGGGACUUGGGGGACGUGAGCUUGGGCAUGUGGUUGGAGGAGCUGGUGGGGGAGUAUGGAUUGGUCCUGAACUCGUUUCUUGGGUCUUCAAUGAUUGAUAUGUAUGGUAAAUGCGGGGAUUUGGACUCAGCAAGGAGGGUUUUUGAUCGACUGGCAAAGAAGGAUUUGGUUGCAUGGAACGCAAUGAUCACAGGCUUCCAAACCCGCUGGCAGGUCGGCUUACCACCUCAACCCGAUCUGAAGAAAUACAAGAGCCGCUCAGACUACUUUCAUGCUGCCUCCAUGCUGGCCAGCCAGAAGUAUGACAUCCACAAGCUACUGUUUGAGGCCGGAGUCAUGUUGCGUGCUCGGAUGUCUGGCCUCACGAAGCUUCAGAACGUCGAGAUUGAGGCGGUUGCUGUUGAGGAGUUGGCGAACCGCGACCUACAGCUAGUUGGCUCUCAAGAUGAGAGUGCCGCGACUCUCGCCCUUAAGAUGAGAGUGCAGCGACUCCCGUCCUGA